UCUCUGUCUCGCUCCCUCUGCUUCGUCUUCAUUCUUGUCCCUUCGCUUCCAUCAACCUCGCCUCUCUUCUCGCUCUUCACUCCCGUUCCCAUCCUUCGCUUCUCUCUCCUCUCUCUCUCUCUCUCUCUCUCUCUCUGAAACUUUCUCUGAUCUCCACCUCUCUCUCUCUCUCUCUCUCUGUCUCUCUUCUAUCAGCGCAACCGAAUCCCUCUGCGGAAAAAAAUCACAUGAAAUGGAGGGCGAGAGAAUGGAAGACGACGACAGGGACGCGAUCGCUUCCCUGAGCUCCGUCCCUCCGCCGCGCAAGAUCCACUCCUACAGCCAGCAGCUCCGCACCCCCUCCUCCUCCCACAAGAAGCGCCACCAGAUCCGCAAGCACAGCCUCGACGACGACCGCAUCCCUUCCAGCAUCGACCAGUUCUACACCAAUCGCUCCUCCUCCGAUGACGACGCCGACGACUUCUUCCCUUACUCCUCCACCGCCUCCGCCAGCGGUGACGACUCUGAUUACGCUUCUCACAAGGCGGCUGCCGGCGACGCCCCCGCCAGGGAGGAUCUCCAUCCAAUGCUGGAGUUCGUCGCGAGUGGCGGCGGAGCAGGGAUCUUCCGUGUGCCGCCGCGCUCGGCCGUGCAUCCGAGCCGGCCUCCGUGUCUGGAGCUGAGGCCGCAUCCCCUGAAGGAGACUCAGGUGGGUAAGUUCCUCAGGAACAUUGCUUGUACGGAUACUCAGCUUUGGGCUGGCCAGGAGAGCGGAGUGAGGGUUUGGGAUCUCACGAAGGUGUCUGAGGUCGGGUCAGGGCUCGGGGGUAGGACCCGGAGAGGCGAUGAGGAUGCCGCGCCGUUCCAUGAGUCUGUGACAACGUCACCCACAAUGUGUUUGAUAGUUGAUUCUGGGAAUAGGCUGGUGUGGACUGGUCAUAAGGAUGGGAAGAUCAGAUCCUGGAAGAUGGACCAGCCAUUUGAGCAGGAUGCUCCUUUCAAGGAAGGCUUGUCAUGGCAGGCGCAUCGCGGUCCAGUGCUUUCGAUGGUCAUGACUUCUUAUGGUGAUCUUUGGACUGGAUUCGAAGGUGGCGUUAUUAAAAUAUGGCCUUGGGAAACCAUUGAAAAAUCUCUCUCUCUAUCACCAGAGGAAAAACACAUGGCUGCUCUACUGGUGGAGAGAUCAUUCAUAGACCUAAAGAGCCAAGUCACCGUCAACGGUGUUUGUAGCAUUUCUUCUUCGGACGUGAAGUGCUUAUUAGCAGAUAAUGUUAGAGGAAAAGUUUGGGCUGUGGGAGCACUCUCGUUUUCAAAAUGGAAUGCUCGCACUAAAGAGCUUUUGAAAUGUUUUAACAUAGAGGGUCAGAUCGAGAACCGGGUUGAUGUUGCUUCAGUACCAGAUCAAGCGGUGGAAGAUGAAAUGAAAGUUAAAUUUGUCUCUACAUCGAAAAAGGAGAAAUCUCAGAGCACUAGUUUUUUGCAGCGGUCUCGUAAUGCCAUAAUGGGAGCUGCUGAUGCAGUUCGCCGAGUGGCUACAAAGGGUGCUGGGGCAUUUACGGAAGAAAAUACCAAGAAAACAGAAGCACUUGUUCAAACUGCCGAUGGAAUGAUUUGGACUGGAUGCUCAAAUGGUUUACUGGUGCAGUGGGAUACACGGGGAACCCGUUUGCAAGAUUUUAAUCACCAUGCUUGUGCAGUUCUAUGCUUCUGUACUCUUGGAACACGAAUUUAUGUAGGCUAUAUCAGUGGAUUAAUCCAGGUCUUGGACCUCGAGGGAAAUGUAGUUGCAGGGUGGAUUGCUCACAGCAGCCCGGUGAUAAAAUUGGCAGUUGGAAGAAAUUAUAUAUAUAGCUUAGCCACUCAUGGUGGCAUACGUGGGUGGAAUAUAACAUCCCCAGGACCUAUUGACAACAUUAUACGGUCAGAAUUGGCUGCAAAAGAAGAAAUAUACACAAGACAAAACAAUGUCAAAAUAUUGGUUGGCACGUGGAAUGUUGGCCAGGGAAGAGCUUCUCAGGAGUCGCUUUCAUUGUGGUUAGGUUCUGCUGCCUCAGAUGUUGGAAUUGUUGUUAUUGGGUGCCAAGAAGUGGAGAUGGGUGCCGGGUUUCUUGCGAUGUCAGCCGCAAAAGAAACUGUAGGGCUUGAAGGGAGUUCAAUUGGACAUUGGUGGCUGGAUACUAUUGGGAAGACUUUGGAUGAAGGAAAUACGUUCGAGCGUAUGGGGUCUAGGCAGUUGGCUGGGUUGCUCAUAGCUCUCUGGGUUAGAAAGAAUCUCAGAACACACGUUGGAGAUGUUGAUGUGGCAGCAGUUGCAUGUGGCUUUGGUCGUGCAAUUGGUAAUAAGGGUGGUGUAGGUUUGAGAAUCCGUGUCUAUGAUCGGAUUAUAUGCUUUGUGAACUGUCACUUGGCAGCACAUUUGGAAGCUGUCAAUCGGCGGAAUGCUGAUUUUGAUCACAUCUACCGAACUAUGGCAUUCAGCCGAUCAUAUAAUGUACUCAAUGCUGCAGCUGGUAUGGUCCCAUACCUGAUUUUGUCUUGCUAUCUUGCCUUGUGCAUAUAUUCAUUUUGGCUACUCUAUUCUUCUGGCUUGCCAUUUGUGCUCUCUGUUGCAGCUGGUGUCUCCUCUUCGGCACAGAUGCCUCGCAGUAUGAGUAACACGGGUCACAACUCUGAGGAGGGAAGACCUGAUCUGUCAGAGGCAGAUAUGGUGGUGUUUCUUGGUGAUUUCAACUACAGACUAUUUGGUAUAUCUUAUGAUGAAGCAAGGGACUUUGUUUCCCAGAGAAGCUUUGAUUGGCUUAGAGAAAAGGAUCAACUGAGAGAAGAAAUGAAGGCAGGGAAAGUAUUCCAAGGAAUGCGUGAGGCACUCAUCAGAUUUCCUCCAACUUACAAGUUUGAACGUCACCAAGCAGGUUUAGGAGGAUAUGAUUCUGGAGAGAAGAAGCGCAUUCCUGCUUGGUGCGACAGAAUCCUCUAUCGUGACAACCGGUCCUCUUCAGUGUCAGAAUGCAGCUUGGAGUGUCCCAUUGUCACAUCUAUAUUACAGUAUGAGGCUUGUAUGGAUGUGACCGACAGUGAUCACAAACCUGUACGCUGUAAGUUCAGUGCUGAAAUUGCUCAUGUUGAUCGAUCAGUUAGGAGACAAGAGUUUGGGAAUAUAGUGAAAUCAAAUGAAAACAUCAGGACCAUGCUAGCAGAAAUGCGUUGUGUUCCUGAAACUGUUGUGAGCACUGACAGAAUACUUCUGAAGAACCAGGACACUUAUGUUUUAAGGAUCACCAACAGAUGUGUCGAUGACAAAGCCGUGUUUAGAUUUAUCUGUGAAGGUCAGUCUGCUAUGAAGGAGGAUGCUCAUUCAUCAGAUCAACGUCCAAGAGGUUCCUUCGGCUUCCCACGAUGGCUUGAGGUGAUGCCAGCUGGUGGCAUAAUAAAACCGGAACAAUUUGUGGAGGUUUCGGUCCACCAUGAAGAAUUGCAUACGCUGGAGGACUUGGUUGAGGGAAUACCACAGAACUGGUGGUCUGAAGAUACCCAGGAUAAGGAAGUGAUGUUAAAGUUGAUAAUUCAAGGAAGUUGCUCCACCGAAAUACAGAGCUACCGGAUCCGGGUGCAUCAUUGCUAUUCAUCUAAGAUGCUUCGUGUGGACUCAAAGUUGACCAGUUCCAGAAAAAGUCAAGGUGGUUCAGUUUACCUGCCUGAACAUCGGCAGCACAGCAAUUCUACUGACGUUGAUGACUUCCGGAAUUUGCACAACCCUUGAAUGCUUGAGCGGGAAAUGGGAUAUUUGUUUGGGACCUUAUGCACCCUUGCCAACUGCACAUUCGGUUCUGAUGCUGAAGGUUUCCUCAGAUUCAUGCGAAGCAGGCAAUAUCCGGAUGUAAAUACUCAGCUUCUUGCUUCUAGGAGCAGGUUCAAAUUCUUUUACCAUGCUUUCAGAUAUUUCUUCAACUAGAUUGGUCGUCUUCUAAUUCUUUAACUAAUGGCAUGUUAGUCAAGGCUGUAUAAUGUUGUCGGCAAAAUAGCUCUUUUUUCUUUUAUAUAAUAGAGGUGGAAAUGUGGAAAGUAAUCGGGAGAUAAUUUUGGGUGUAUGAUUAUACUGUUUGUGUAUAAUUCCUGGAGAGAUGCAAAAUCUUUCCUCAAGUAUAUGAAAGGAAUGACUUUUUGAGCUUC